GGGGCGGAGCUUCCGGCUGAGCGUCCUUCCAGCGGGGCCGGUGAGUCCACGGUUGGAAGUCUGUGAGGUGGAGAGUUGGGGCAGGCCAUCUGGCUAGCUAGGCGGCUAGGAGGGUUUUCGUGGCGGGGAACAGAGGCUGAAUUGCCCUGCCUGGGCAUUUAGGAAAGGAGGAUGUGAGGGAGCUUGUGAAGGCAAAGGAAGAUUAUUAAAUAAUAAAAUACAUAUUUUAAAAAAUGGAUGAAGAACCUGAAAGAACUAAGCGAUGGGAAGGAGGCUAUGAAAGAACAUGGGAGAUUCUUAAAGAAGAUGAAUCUGGAUCACUUAAAGCUACAAUAGAAGACAUUCUGUUUAAGGCAAAGAGAAAAAGAGUAUUUGAGCACCAUGGACAAGUUCGACUUGGAAUGAUGCGUCACCUUUAUGUGGUAGUAGAUGGAUCAAGAACAAUGGAAGACCAAGAUUUAAAGCCUAAUAGACUGACAUGUACUUUAAAGUUGUUGGAAUACUUCGUAGAGGAAUAUUUUGAUCAAAAUCCUAUUAGUCAGAUUGGAAUAAUUGUAACUAAGAGUAAAAGAGCUGAAAAACUGACUGAACUCUCAGGAAACCCAAGAAAACAUGUAACAUCUUUGAAGAAAGCUGUGGAUAUGACCUGCCAUGGAGAGCCAUCUCUUUAUAAUUCCUUAAGCAUGGCUAUGCAAACUCUAAAACAUAUGCCCGGACAUACAAGUCGAGAAGUACUAAUCAUCUUCAGCAGCCUUACAACUUGUGAUCCAUCUAAUAUUUAUGAUCUAAUCAAGACCCUAAAGGCAGCUAAAAUUAGAGUAUCUGUUAUUGGAUUGUCUGCAGAGGUUCGAGUUUGCACUGCACUUGCUCGUGAAACUGGCGGCACAUACCACGUUAUUUUAGAUGAAAGCCAUUACAAAGAAUUACUCACACAUCAUGUUAGUCCUCCUCCUGCUAGCUCAAGUUCUGAAUGCUCGCUCAUUCGUAUGGGAUUUCCUCAGCACACCAUCGCUUCUUUAUCGGAUCAGGAUGCAAAACCCUCUUUCAGCAUGGCGCAUUUGGAUGGCAAUACUGAGCCAGGGCUUACAUUAGGAGGCUAUUUCUGCCCACAGUGUCGGGCAAAGUACUGUGAGCUACCUGUCGAAUGUAAAAUCUGUGGUCUUACUUUGGUGUCUGCCCCCCACUUGGCACGGUCUUACCAUCAUUUGUUUCCUUUGGAUCCUUUUCAAGAAAUUCUCCUAGAAGAAUAUAACGGAGAAAGAUUUUGUUAUGGAUGUCAGGGGGAAUUGAAAGACCAACAUGUUUAUGUUUGUGCUGUGUGCCAAAAUGUCUUCUGUGUGGACUGUGAUGUUUUUGUUCAUGAUUCUCUACACUGUUGCCCUGGCUGUAUUCAUAAGAUUCCAGCUCCUUCAGGAGUUUGAUUCCAGCAUGUAUACAUUGUGUUAAAAGAAAUUUGCAACUGUGAAUAAAAUCACUUCUUUAGAAGAAGCUUCAUUUAAAACAUGAAAGGGAAAUCUGACUUAAGAAACUUUUUGCUAAGAAAAGCUUAAUAUUUUAUUAAAUUUUUAAAUUUGUGUUCUGUCACAGAAGUGCCUGGAAUUCAGUAGUAUUUCACUCAAUUAACGUCGUUUUCUAUUAUUUUCAGUUAUACUGUUUUCAAAGUCAUUAUGCAUUAUUAUGUGUAAAUUACUUAUAAUUAAAUUGAUGUGAUAAUUGUAUGUUUUUAUAAUUAAAUACAGAAUCUUUGUGA